CUUUGAAGACCCCGCCUUCGGAGCAGAUAGAGUUCGGAGUAACUAGGAAGCAGCUUACCCAGACUUUUGGUCAAUUGAUCCCGCUUUCUUUAGAUACUCCGCAAAAGGUGAGGGAAGCAAACACCCUAAAGCCGACUACGCUUUUGCGAAAUAAAGAAAACUUAAGAAAGCGUCACUUCAUUUAAUAAUAAUACAAUUUAUUUUCAUCAUUAUGAAGAUAUAGAGGUUUUUUUUUUUUUUUUGUACAUAUUCAGUGUGGUGGGAUAUUCUGUAAACGACGAAUCUAGAAAUCUGCGCCAAUCUGCGCUACGCUACUUAUUACUCGACACUCGAUACACGAUACACGAUACACGAUAUUCGAUAUUUGAUAUUCGACAUUCGACAUUGGUCAUUUCAUAGACGACGGUAAUUGACGAGGCUUCAUCGAUCAAUUCACCAUGUCUCUACCCGCUCUCGCCUUACGAGGCACCUCUCGUGCUAUCCGAUCUUUACCGAGGUGGCCAAUGUCAAGAACAGUCCAAUGUGUAUCGAGGAGGGCUCAAUCGUCUUCUAAGUUAGAUGUCCAACAACGAUUGCUCUCAGCUCGUCUUCAAGAAGCCGAUCCCGCCGUAUUUGAUAUUAUCGAAAAAGAGAAGACCCGACAGAAGCAUUUUAUCAAUCUUAUCCCAUCCGAAAACUUCACCUCCCAAGCCGUCCUUGAUGCGUUAGGCAGCCCAAUGCAAAACAAAUACUCGGAGGGUUAUCCAGGAGCGAGGUAUUACGCAGGCAAUGAGUUCAUCGAUCAGUCGGAAAGGUUAUGUCAGCAAAGAGCGCUGGAGACAUUUGGCUUGGAUGAGAAGGAAUGGGGAGUCAAUGUCCAACCGCUAUCUGGUGCUCCCGCGAAUCUAUACGUCUACUCUGCCCUAAUGGAUACCCACGAUCGACUCAUGGGAUUGGAUCUGCCUCACGGAGGUCACCUUUCCCACGGAUACCAAACUCCCACCAAGAAGAUUUCCGCCGUGUCCAAGUAUUUUGAGACGGUUCCGUAUAGGUUAAACGAAGAGACGGGUUUGAUCGACUACGAGAAGUUAGACGAGCUCGCGCAACUUUACCGACCCAAGAUCAUCGUUGCCGGCGCAAGCGCUUACAGUAGAUUUAUCGACUACAAGGCCAUCAAGGAGACAUGCGAUAAGGUGAACGCGUACCUGGUCGCCGAUAUCGCCCACAUCUCCGGUCUCCUCGCGGCCAAGGUCAUCCCUAGCCCCUUUAGCUUCGCGGAUAUCGUAACAACUACGAGCCACAAGAGUUUACGAGGUCCCCGGGGUGCCAUGAUCUUCUUUAGGAAGGGUGUAAGGAAAGUUAACCCCAAGACAAAGCAAGAGAUAUUAUAUAAUCUAGAGAACCCCAUAAACAACUCGGUGUUCCCGGGUCACCAAGGCGGUCCUCACAACCACACUAUCACAGCACUAGCUGUCGCGUUGAAACAGGCCCAGACAUCUGAAUUCCGAACCUACCAGGAACAGGUCCUUGCCAACGCCCAAGCCCUUGCGAAUCGGUUGGGAGCGUCCAAAGCCAAUGGGGGUCUCGGAUACGAAAUCGUGAGCGGCGGCACGGACAACCACCUUGUCCUCGUAGACCUGAAGCCCCAAGGCGUCGACGGCGCCCGAGUCGAGCGAGUGCUAGAGGUCGUGGGCGUAGCCAGCAACAAGAAUACGGUGCCCGGUGACAAAUCGGCGAUGGUACCAGGUGGUCUGCGCAUAGGCACGCCGGCGAUGACAACGCGCGGUUUCACAGAGAGCGACUUUGUUAGGGUAGCUGACAUCAUCGAUCGCGCCGUGACAAUCGCGUCCAGGGUGGAUAAGGCGGCUCGCAACGCCGCAAAGGAAAAAGACGAAAAAUACAAAUUAAAAUUCUUCUUCGACUUCCUUGGCACCGGCGAGGAAGAUCCGGAAAUUGUACAGCUACGCGCAGAGGUUUCGGACUGGGUAGGAACGUACCCUCUCCCUUGGGAUGAGAAGCAAUGACGUCGAGGUGCAUUUUCGAGGUCGUAGCCGUGGCAGGGCGAGGGAAUCUUUUGAUAUGAAAAAAAAGACUAACUAUAAAGAUUCAAAUUUAAGAUAUUGGGGGGGUGGCAUACUAUUCUUCAUCUUGUCUCCCUUUUGUGACGCAGCAGUCGGGCUCCUCAACCCCCUCACCAGACCCCCCGGUCAUCGAGCAAGGCGGGCGACAUGGCGACGUGGGCGGCUAGGCACGUAUGGUAUGACAUGACAUGCGGGAAGGGUAGCAUUGGGGAGUUCUCGGAUGGCUUCCGCAUACAAACAUAAAGAGGUUGGAAACCCUCGGGCUUUUUCGUGAUGGCCUCAUUCGCAUCAUUUGGUUUCAACAACAGCAUUUCAACAUUGCAGAUCUCGUCUCCCUUUCGCUCGGCGGUGCAUCGCACGUCACGUCGCACGAAAGUUCGGUAGACGGAGACCGGUGGAUAUUAUUUUCUCUGCUUACUGCUGGUAUGGGAAAGGAGCUUUUUUUUUUUUUUUUUUUUUUU